AUGGGCUGGUCCGAUCUGCCCGCCGAUCUCGUCGGGGCAAUCGCCGGCAGGCUCGCUACCGAGCUCGCCGACCUCGCGCGCUUCCGCUCGGUGUGCCGGCCAUGGCGGUCGGGCUCCGCGGCGCACGCCGCGCGCCUCCGCGUCCCUCGGCUUCUGAUACCGAUGAUGUCCUACGACACCAGCACGGAACGCCUCGUCUGGUCCCUCGCCGACGACCGCCUCCGGGAUGCCCCCCUGCCCGAGGCGCCCGGGGGCCACUCCUUCGUCUUCGCCUCCCACCACGGCUGGAUCCUGACCGUCGUCGCCGGUGACGGCGGCUUCAAGGCCUCUCUGGUGUACCACUUCACCGGCGUCUCGGAACAGCUGCCCCGUCUGCCCUCCUCGUUCGGCGGCGACGGCGGAGGGAGGCUGACCUUCGACAGCCUGUCGUGGGAUUGGUCCCCGCAGGGCGUCGUGGUCUCCCCGGGCAAAGGCGCGUUCUUCUGCCGCCCCGGCGACGGGUCGUGGAGGAGCGUCGGCUGCUCUUCAGCCGCCGUCACCAGCGUCACCGCCUGCGACGGCGCGCUGUACCUAUUCGACAGGAAAACCCGCAGCGCGACCGUGGUGGACGCCGGAACCUUGGCCGUGGCGGCCGUGAUCGAGGCCCCCGCGCUGGAGAUACCCAGGUGGCAACGGGAUGAAAUCGAGGCCAACCUCGUCGUGUGCCCCCACGAGCUCAUCCUCCUCGUCCUAUCGAAGCUCCAUCACCCGUGGUGCAGCGGCUGGCCGAGUUUCUGCAAGACCUUCCGUGCCGAUGCCGACCCCGGCGCGGUGACCGGCGGCCGGAGCCCGAGCUGGUCGGAGGUGGCGGGCAUCGGCGACCGCGCCGUGUUCGUGGACAACCUCCGCGCCUUCUGCGUCGAGGCCAAUGACCACAACGGGCUGAGGAGGAACUGCGUGUACGAAGCGAGCUCGUACCAUGCCAUCGACGACGACUUCGACUACAGUUUCGAUCGAUACGGGCGGAUGUACUCCGUCGCCGUACUCGACUUCGCCAACCACACGACGGAAAGCCUCACUUUUGGAAGCCUGGUGAAGCUCUGGAGCCCUGGAGACGGACAAUGCUCUUCGUGGUUGAUGCCUAGCUACCGCAAUCUGCACUGA